AUUAUAAAGGAGCCAUUUCUAUACUCCCAGAAACAUAGCAUAAGCUUUUCUUGGCUCUCUCCUUGCUCAUGUCUUGCCUGAGUCUGAGGCUUCCGCCUCCCAAGAAGGCCUGGAAGAUUCUCACCUCCAAGCUUCAGAGGAAGCUCCCCAAGCUCCGCAGGCCAAGACCUGUCUACAAAUUGCCCAAAACUCAAGUUCUCGCCGCUGCUCCUUCAGGAGCCGAGGAGUCUGUCUUUGUCGUGAAGCAACCCGGCCGGCAGCACAGGCAGAGACCUCGGCGAGUCCACUCGUCGGUCGUUUUCAACGUUCGGCGUCACGUGUUCAAGAAGCAGCAAGCGCAUGUGUUUGUCGAUAAGCUCUUCAAGGAGCCCCUGGAAGGGAUCAUAGAGCAUCAUUGCCUAGACACUCUUCCUGUGAAGUAUAUGCCAAGUCCCAAGAGCCUCGCUGCCAUUGAUCGCUCUGCCCUGGAGGCAGGAAUGAGUGACGGGGAUCACGACGGAAGUGACGCAAAGACAUGUGAAGCGGACGACAUGUGGGAGUCGGUAGGGCUGGCAUCGCCGCUGACUCACAGGAUUGAUGAGAGAGCCGAGGAGUUCAUCUCCAAGUUUCGAGCUGAAAUGGAGCGUCAGGAGAUGGUGGCACGGAGUUUGUAGCUGAUAACUUCAUACACACACUUCUUCUUGUUCUUCUUUUUUUCCCCCUCCCCUUUGGAUUUGUGAAUACUGCCAUCAAACUCAACCUUCUGUUGUACAUAUACUUUGCAUAAUAGAGCCUAGAUUUCC